AAAAAAAAAUCAAUUCUUUUCUAUAGAGGCAAAACUUUUUUUGUGUUCAAGUUUAAUUGUGAUCUCGAAGCUCAGUUCGCGGGCUUUGUUAGUGUUCUUCAGCUCUGUGACCAAAAUGAGCAGCUCUAGAGAGGAUUCUCCGGAUUGGCUCCGCACUUUCCAGGCUGAAACUCAUUCAACUCUUGUCUUGUCUUCGGAUUCUGAUUCAUUAAAUGCUAGUGCUUCUAGCGAUGACAAAAUUGAUUGUCGAUCUCCUGAGAGUGAAAGUGGUGCACAAUCUCUAGCCAAGCAGGUUUCCAAACCAAAGGCUCCAAAAAGAGGACCAGCAGAAGAUGAGACAUUGAUAGAGAAGAAGAGGAGGAAGAAGUCUAAUGAAAGACUAGGGGAUGAGGCUGAUGGGCAAGCUACUGAGAAAGCAACCAAGCACACGAAAUCUCAUGCAGCAGAUUCUAUUUGGGAAUUGUCAUCAGAUUCCGAGUCCUUUCCUGAUGAUGGUUCUCAGAGGGAAGCAAAACAAAAUGCAGUCCUUCCUGGUAUUAAGUCUCCUUCAAAGAAGGCCACAAAGAAAAAAUCUCCAAAGAAAAUGCUAAAAGCGGAUGAUCAAAUGCUAAAGAAAGAGGGAAAUAAAAAGGAUAGUGUUCCAGAUACAGGAUAUCCUGAUGAUGUUGAAGUUGCAGAUGGAGAUGUUUCUGAGAAGCCUACUGCUCAAGUUUCAACAUCAAGAAUACCGUUGCUGCUCUCCGAUAAAGUCAGCCGUACAAAGGCACUUGUGGAGUGUGAAGGUGAAUCCAUAGAUUUAAGUGGUGACAUGGGGGCUGUUGGAAGAGUAGUGAUUCCAGAUAACUCAUCCGCUAAUCAUGAGAUGUACUUAGAUUUAAAAGGAACAAUAUACCAGACAAAAAUAGUACCAUCCAGGACAUUUUGCAUUGUUAGCUUUGGUCAAUCGGAAGCUAAGAUAGAGGCUAUCAUGAAUGACUUCAUUCAGCUGAAAGCGCAAUCUAACGUCUAUGAAGCUGAGACUAUGGUUGAAGGAACACUUGAAGGGUACUCUUUUGACUCAGAAGAUGAGGCUGAGAAGAUUCCGAAACCUCAUCAAACUGAUCAAAAUGAGGGAAAUGAAGAACAAAUCAAUGGAAAAAGUAAAGGAAAAGCUAAGAAAGGGAUGGUGAAAAAGAAGGGUAAGACUGGAGGAGGGAAGACCCAACCAGCAAAGAGAGUCAGAAAGAAAGCUCAAGCGCCGAAGAAAGCCAAGACUAAGAAAUGAUACAUACAAGUUUUUCCCCUUUUCAUCGAUAUUUUUUUCACUCAUUAUUUCACAUAUCUGCUAAUCGUGAUUGGCAAAUAACCUUAUACUGAUGCAUCAGAUUACUGUAAAAUAUAGAAAGUUGCACUUGAAUCGAAGUCUGUUUUUGCUUCAUGCACCAGUAAAAUUUCAAGUUCAUUGUUGUAGUA